AUGUCCAAGCACUUCUGCUUCUGCAUCCCCGUCCGCGCUGCGGUCUUCUUCUUCUCCCUCAUCACCUUCCUCGGCUCCGUCCUCACCGCAGGGGUAGGCUGGUACAUCGUCUACCUCGUCAACACCAACCAGCUUGACAAGAUCGAGACCAAUGUUAGCGACCAAGACAAGAAGACGCUUGACGAGCUUGCCUCGAAAUACAAGUGGUCGUUCAUCGUCUUCUCCGUCAUCUUCACCAUCGUCGCUCUCAUGUCCUUCUUCGGCUUCGUCGGCGCCGUCAUCCGCAACCGCCGCAUGGUGAAGGCGUAUUCGUUCAUGACCAUCAUCAUCUUCAUCCUCGACACCGUCGGUCUGGGCUUGUCCAUGUACGCCGUCUUCUCCUCCAAGCCCCUUUGCGUCACCAUCGACGGCACCAAGUCCUGCCUCGAGUCGCAUCUCAGCACGGGCCAGAAGGUCGGCUACAUCGCCUGGACCGUUGUCUGGUGGCUCGUCUCUCUCUACAUCGUCAUCGUCAUCCGCCGCUAUGUCACUCAGCUCGAGGACGAGCGCGAGUACCGCCACGACUUCCGCCUCAACCCCACAUCUGGCGGCACCUACGAGGCCAAGGAGGGUCUUCUCCCCGAGAGCGGCCAUUACCCUUACUCCGACAACCAGCACGCGUUCGGUGCCCGUGCAUAA